AUGAUGCCAGCGAGGGACUCCUGGAAACCCCUUUCUCUAGAGAGUCUGGGGGAACUCCCCACACACCAGAGCAUCAACAUAUCUCAUCUUGAUCUGUUUCAGGAAUCAGCUUCUCUUCAUAGAGCCUUGGGCAAGGUGAAAACUACCCCAGAGAUUCUCAGAGAUGAAGGCUUUAGGAAAGAUGCCACUUUUGGGUGCCUGGUAGCUGAGGUGCCGCCGGAGCAGAGAAGCAAAGAAGGUGACACAAUUGUUGGGUACCAGUUCCAUUAUUUAACCUACUGCACAUGGUACGGCCAUGUCCUCUUUGGUGAAGAUCUCUACGUGCUACCAGAUUUCAGAGGCAAAGGCAUCGGUUUCAGUCUGCUGGCCAAAGCUGCCAAGAUUGCACUGGAAAAAGACUGCUCCCAGUUCCGGUUUAUCUCAGCCCGCUGGAACCAGCCAGCAACAGAUUUCUACACCAAGUUGGGAGCUGUGAAUGUCACAGUUCGAGACCACUGGAAUCUCUGCAGCAUAGAAAAGGAGCACAUCCAGAGAAUGGCCGAGCAAACGAGAAAAUAGCAGCCUCAGCAUA